AUGAGUGACGUAAUUGGUACAAAAGUUGCUAUUCCUGGAGCAUCAGGAGCUGGUAUAAUCAGAUAUGUUGGACAAAUCCAAGGGAAAAUAGGCACAUUUGCCGGAGUUGAGCUUUUGGGGACAUUGGCAACCACGCGAGGGAAAAAUUCAGGGUCAGUAGAUGGAAUCCAAUACUUUCAAGUAGAAAUACCAAAGAGCGGGCUUUUUCUUCCCUACGAAAGAUUGAAAUCUGUGAACCCCGGUUUGGCAAAUGUGAAUCCAUCUUCGAAAACACCAUUGACUCCAGUGAACAACAGGACAUACCAAAAUGUUAGGAAUAGCAUGAUUAAUGAAAACUUUGCAAACCCUGAUCUUACUCUAAAGUAUGAGUCGGAAAUAGCUGAGUUACAAAGAGCACUAAGAGAAAAGGAGAAACGGUUGGAAAAUUUCAAUAAUCAGCGAGAGGAAUGGCGUGCUGCCAUGGAUGAAUUAGUAGCCGUACAACAGGAAGGGAUUCAAGUCUACGAGGACAGGAUAGAAGAGUUGGAAAACGAAAACAAAGCACAACAAGAAAAACUUGACAACGCAAAUGCUUCACUCACGGCAGCAAACUCCAAGAUCAAGGAACUCGAACAAAGUAUAGAUAAUUUGUUGAGUGAAAAAGUAAAUGAUGUUCAAAUCGACGAUAGCCGUAAAGAGAUUGAACAGUUGAAACGCGAACUAGAAUCAAGACCUCGCUUAGAAGACCUUGAGGAGUUGCAAAAUUCGUUGGACGAGCUAGAGUCAAUAUACCAACAACAAUUAAAUGAAAAAGAUGCUAUUAUCACCAAACUUCAGGUCGAAAGGGAUCAUCUAUCUCACGAGUUAUAUAGCACUCCGGUGGUUCACCAAAGCACUGCCGACGAUUCUCCGCAAGAGUUACCU